CUUAUAUAUAGAGGUCUUUCUCUUUCUAUUCCCCCCUACUCUACCCUUUUGAUUAUUUCUCUCCCCUUCCUCCUUUGUCGGUACCCGUACUAUAAACACUCUCAUGGACCACGAUCACGGAUCUAGCCAAGACACGCCGUAUAACAUUAAUAUACCCUAUGCUGGCGCAUUAGCGGGUGUUUUGGCAGGUCUAACCGUCUUGCUGGCGAUCCGGCACUUUGUCUUCUCCUGGAAUACAUCCCGUAACAGCGGAUAUGUCAAAGCGUACAAUCGAUGUGAGCGCUUCAUAGUAAACAAAUUUAGCUACACGUUGAAUGGACGGCGCAGUGGGCCGUGGCUCCCACCCAUUGGCCUCAUUCUCAUAAUUAUCAUGCUGUUGUCAACCGCCCUGCCAUUAUUACUUGUCGACGUUAACCUUUCCAUCAACUCGAACCGUGCCGGAUUCUUGGUUUUGGCACUUGUCCCGUUUGUGCUCGCGUCGACCGGUAAAAACUCUGCCAUGGCGCUUGUUACAGGCAUUUCACCCGUUAAACUCAAUUACUUGCAUCGAAUUUUGGCAACCGCUAUUGUUGUACUGGCAACAAUCCAUAUGGCUCCGAUGCUCAAGUCAUGGUCACGGUUUCCCGCAUUUAUGCAAUCCAAAUUGGAAACUGAAAAGGUCCAGUAUGGUCUAGGCGGCUACGGUUGUCUGUGCCUUGUUUUCCUCGGAAGUCUUGGUCCGGUCCGACGCUUUUUCUACGAAGGGUUCCUCGUGUCCCAUCUUCUCGCUUUUGGAUUCAUGGGUGCCGUAGCGAAACACACUCCGUAUGCCAUGCGCUACUUCUUUGCGGGCUUCGUGUGCUAUGCAGUGAAUGUUUUGACCGGCUGGUUCGUUAAGUCACGUGUUGCACGCGCUCGCUUUGAUGUCUUGCCGAAUGGGUGCACAAGAAUCUCGCUGCGUCUUUCGAGUCCCUUGCUCCAUCGUCCUGGUCAAUAUAUUUACGUCAACUUGCCUGCCUUGUCGUAUUUUCAAUGGCACCCAUUUACAAUCACAAACACCCGUAUGGCUGCAGACAGCGCUUGCGACAUGGUGGAAGUACAUGCAUGCGUACGUGGCAACUUUACAAAGAAGUUAUAUGAACGAGCCCAACAUGGCCAGGAGUGGACUGCAUUUAUUAGUGGACCCUGCGGCAAUGGUUCUAUCGACCUUGAACCUACCACAAUGCUCUCAUCCCAUAAAUCCAUUCUGCUGCUUGGCGCCGGUGCUGGUGUCACAUUUCCUAUUCGAUUACUGCGCGAUCUAGCAUAUACGUUAUUUGAACUGCCCUUGACACGCGACUACAUCACUCAGGAAAUAUAUUUCUGCUGGUCUGUUCGACACGCUGGCGAGCUCGAGUGGUUCAGGCAGGAACUGGAACGGCUUUUGGUCGUUUUUGAAAAUGCUCGACGAUCUGAAAGCCGCAUCCCGCGGCUUACGGUCAACCUCUAUGUCACCAGUUCGGACGGCGAUGCUGCCAUUAAUGAGAAGGUGGAUGACGAGGAACAGCACCAGAAUGAAGGCAAUGUUAUGCUUCAGGCAACUUCAGACGAGUCAGCAAAGCCAGCCAUGUAUCUCAAUACCCGUAUCAAGACUAAAGCAUUACUCAAAAGUCUUCAUGAUCGAUCCCCUGGUGUCUUUGUUUGUGGACCAUCUGGGUUCAACGCCCAAGCCAAGAAUGCAGUAGCCGGUCGAACGUCGAUAGGUUCUGGCCCACAUUUGCAUUGUGAAGCGUUUGAGUAUUAAGUAAUUUAAGUAUAUUCCCCCCGCCCUCUUUCUCUCCAUUUGUAAUUUGCCCCAAUUUGUUCUGUAUUAAUCUUCAUCCUCAUCUGUUUGUUUCGUUUCCCUUGAAACUGUAUUUCAACUUCCCCACUGGAAACACUGUAGUUUACCGUAUACAUAUUACAAAAAUAUUAUAUAUAUA